AUGGGUGUGGAUGUGGACAUGGAUGAUGUGGGUGUAGAUGAUGUGGAUAUGGAUGUGGAUAUGGAUGUGGAUGUGGGUGAUGUGGAUAAUGUGGAUGUGGAUGUGGAUAUGGAUGUGGAUAUGGAUAUGGAUGUGGAUAUGGAUAUGGAUGUGGAUAUGGAUAUGGAUGUGGAUAUGGAUAUGGAUGUGGAUAUGGAUGAUGUGGAUAAUGUGGGUGUAGAUGAUGUGGCUGUGGUGUGGAUGUGGAUGAUGUGGAUAAUGUGGAUCGGGAGCUGCACGGCGGCCGGCGCCCCCUCCUUCCUUCCUUCCCUCUGUCUGUCCGUCCGUCCGUCCCUCCCGCGGGGCUGGCGCGGCCCCGCCGAGCCCCCGCUGCUGCCGCUGCUGCCCGCGGCCGCCGAGCCGCUCCUGCACGGCCAGUGGAUAUUUGGAGCUCACUCCCCGGUCGUAGGAUUCUCCCCUUCCUCCAGCGUGGAAUUCGUGCCGGUGCUCCCGCCCGUGUACAGCGCCGCGGUGCCGCCGCACGCCGGGAAGGGCUGGGUUGAUAAAAGGCUGCCCAGCUGCAAAAUCUACUUGAACAAUGCCUUUGCCCUGGACUCGGCCUGGAUCCAGCCGGAGGAGUCCAGGCUGUUCCAGGGGGCUGAGAAGCCUCUGCUGCUGAGCAAUCAAGUAGCCAUGGCUGUAGCCAGGCCAGCUGCUGCCUCCAGACCACUGCCCACGCUCGUCCUGGCCCCUCAGCUGAUCCCAGGUGGUUGCCAGAACAGCCUUAAAGCCGCGGGUGGCACUCAGGGCCUGGCGCUGGUGGCCCUGGAGCCCGAGGCCCCCCAGGCCCCGCCGGGGCCCGGCCUGCAGCCCUGCCACCUCCUCACCUUGUCCCCCAUCAAGGUCCCGCUCCUGGCCUCGCCCUUCCCAGGUUCUGCCUCCAGGCUGGACAGUGCCGUGGGGCCCCUGGUGCCAGCACAGGUCACCCGUGUCACCGCCCUGGCCGCGCCCGUCACCCUCAUGGCCACCAACCUGCUGGAGCAGGCACGAGCAGAGCGUGGCAAGGACCCCAGCAGAGCCGCCUGCCCCCCGACGCUGAUCCUGCACACGGAGAGGAAGAGUGUCCCCACGGGCAGUGACAGUGACAAGGAUCACUCCUUCAAGCUGCUGAGCCAGGCUGACAGCGCUUCCAGCGGUAACAAGCCCGUGGCAUCGGCCCCGGUGCCAGGAUCGCCGUGGUGUGUGGUCUGGACUGGAGAUGACCGGGUGUUCUUCUUCAACCCCACCAUGCAGCUGUCGGUGUGGGAGCGGCCGCUGGACCUGCGGCACCGCGGGGACAUCAAGCGGCUGCUCGAGGACCCCCCGCACAAACGCAAGCUGGAGGCUGCAGCAACAGACAAGUGUGUUAGCUCUUGUCCAGGGGAUGAAAAUGACGAUCUGAGCAUCAAAACCAAGAGAAAUAAAACAGAGGAGUGCCAGGCUGCGGGCCCGGCUGGCGCUGAGGAGGAGCAGGCAGGGGAGGAAGGCUCGGCCCCGCGGGUCUCACCGCCCCUGGAGGAGAGGAUCACCCACUUCAGGGACAUGCUGCUGGAGAGGGGGGUGUCGGCGUUCUCCACGUGGGAGAAGGAGCUGCACAAGAUCGUGUUUGACCCACGCUACCUCCUGCUCAACCCCGAGGAGAGGAGGCAGAUUUUCGAGCAGUUUGUCAAAACCCGGGUCAGGGAGGAGUACAAGGAGAAGAAGAACAAACUGCUGUUGGCCAAGGAAGAAUUCAAGAAGCUUCUGGAAGAAUCCAAGCUAUCUCCAAGGACAACCUUCAAGGAGUUCGCCGAGAAGCACGGCCGCGACCAGCGCUUCCGCCUCGUCCAGAAGAAGAAGGACCAGGAGCAUUUCUUCAACCAGUUCAUCCUCAUCCUCAAAAAGAGGGACAAGGAAAACAGGAUAAGGCUACGGAAAAUGAGAUAA